AUGGAAGCAAUUAAGAUGUUAUAUCUAUUUAUAGUCAAACAAAGCGAGUGUUUCCAUCGGCAAGGAGCUUCAGAGCCCAAGCUUGAAAAGUUUGGUGGAGAUCCAAUGGAGUAUCAAUAUUUCAUUAACAUCUCUCUUCUACAGUCACUGUGCAUCAAAUUGCCCCAAAGAUUGCAAAGAAGGUGGUCAGAGAAUGUGUGCAAGACUUUGUCAAAAGCGCAAAGAAGAGCAACUUUCGUUGACUUUGUUGAGUUUGUAAGAAAAGAAUCAGAAGUCGCCAACGAUCCAAUAUUUAGUCGAGUAGCUCUGUCUAAAAUGAUUGACAAAAAGCCUUUAAAAUUCGACCAGUCCGAAGCAUUAAAAGAGGUUCAAAGCCAAGAGAAACAGCUUUCUUUUGGAUGUUAUUCUUCAGAUCACACUGUCGUUGAUUGCCCACAGAAACGAGUAUGCAGCGAAGAAGAUUGCGGUGGAUUUCACCCGUUAGGAAUGCACGGUACUCACAAAUUUAAAUCAAAAGCCAAGAACCACACCUCAGAAGUAAAAUCAAGUGACCGUAGAAAAAUUAGUAAUGGAUGUACAAAAGCUAAUGAAUCAGGAACUUCUUCCUUGGGAACAAAGAGUAUGCUGCCAAUGAGUGUGCUGCCAAUGCUUUUAUUUCACAAAACGUCUCCUGACAAAGUAUUAAAAGUUUAUGGCAUGCUUGACAAUUGCAGUCAAGGUUCAUUUAUAAAUCAAGAUGUGCUUGAUAACUUUGACAUCAAAGGUACUGAUACGAAAAUCUGUAUAAAAACCGUGACUGGCACAGUGUCAGACGAUUCACAAAUAGUGGAGGGCUUCAUGGUUUCUGAUGUCAACAACACAAAUACGAUAAGUUUACCAAGAUUAUUUACCCGCAAAAGUUUGCUCAUUGACAAAGAUGAAAUACCUACAGUAGAUAAAGUGAAACAUUGGCCAUACCUUGAAGGUAUCGUGAAAGAAAUUCCUGAUAUUGAUCCUGAUGCUCCAGUUGCUUUGCUUAUUGGAUUCAGCUGUCCUGCGGCACUUAGACCGUUACAAGUGAUCAAUGAAGAAAAUAAUGCCCCAUUUGCUCAAAGAACUCCACUUGGAUGGUGUAUAGUUGGUCCCCUCACCAAUACGGAACAGCAUAUGUCAACAUUACGGUGCAAUAGAAUUGCAGUUUUGGGUAGCCCAUCAAAUAAGAUUUCACAGCAUUUCUUUGGAGUUGAAGAAACGGUGAAAAAUAAGGAUUUGUCUCAAAUCCUUAGUAGAAAUGUACAAACAAGAUUUUAAAGAGGCAAGCCAAAAGAAAAUGAAGAAAGCUCAAAUAUCACAAGCUACUGAAAGAAAUCAACUCCCUAAAGAGACUGUAAACUCAAA